AUGGCGACUACGCCGGCGCCCCUCCGCCGCAUCGCCGCGCUCCUCCUUGUCGUCCUCGCCGGCGUCCUCGCCUCCACCGCGCGCGCCGAUCUCGUCAUCUCCAAGGCAGAUCGGAGGGUUGAUCUGACCUCGCAUAUCGUUCGCGUCCUCGCUUCCCUCAAGGUUGAAAAUGUUGGACCGGACCCUGUCUCUCAAGUUUUACUGGCUUUUCCCAAUAUCCAAGCCAAGAACUUGGCAGCUAUUAGAGCAUUCGGCAGUGAAGGAAAAGUGAAGGGUCAAAGUACUGUUCUGCCAAUCGAAGUUGUUCAACCUUCUGGAGCUCCCCCGGAGCUGACGUUCUUUUCAGCAUUGUUGCCCAAACCUUUGGAAAAGGGAAAGACUCUGUACUUGGAUGUCCUGACUGUGUUCACGCACUCUCUUCAACCAUUCCCAGAAGAAAUCACUCAAGCCGAAGCACAGCUUGUUGUCUAUCAGGAUAGUGCUCACUAUCUGUCACCUUACCCUGUUAAGGCACAGACACUUGCUAUCAGAUUGCCUGGCGGGAGGGUUGAAUCAUACACAAGGCAUCCAAACGCAAAACUUGUUGAUUCAGAACUGAAAUAUGGACCAUUUCACGAUCUUCCCCCAUUUUCCUACUUACCUGUGAUUGUGCAUUUUGAGAACAACAAUCCUUUUGCAGUCGCAAAGGAAGUUAUAAGGGAGAUUGAAAUAUCUCACUGGGGAAAUGUACAGAUUACAGAACACUACAACAUUGCCCAUGGUGGUGCCAGACUCAAGGGUGAAUUUUCCAGGAUCGAUUAUCAAUCUAGACCUUACGUAAGGGGUGUUUCAUCUUUUAGGCAUCUUAUUGCAAAACUGCCUCCAAGGGCACACUCUAUUUAUUACAGAGAUGAGAUCGGUAAUAUUUCAACAUCACAUUUGUGGAGUGAUUCUAUGAAGACCCAACUGGAAAUUGAACCAAGGUUUCCAUUGUUUGGUGGGUGGCAAACAACCUUCACUGUUGGUUAUGGUUUACCACUUAAAGACUUUGUUUUCUAUUCUGAUGGAAAGAGAUUUCUCAAUAUCACAUUUGGUUCUCCAUUGGAGGAAAUUCUCAUUGAAAAGCUUAUUGUAAAGGUUGUUCUACCUGAAGGGUCAAAGGAUAUCGAAGUUUCAGCUCCCUUUCCAACACAGCAGCGGCAAGAGGUUAAGUAUUCACACCUUGACAUUGUUGGAAGGCCAGUUGUUGUCUUGGAGAAACCUGAUGUUAUUCCAGAGCAUAAUUUAUAUUUCCAGGUUUACUACAAAUUCAACAACAUAUCCUUGCUCAGAGAGCCGUUGAUGCUGAUUACUGGUUUCUUCCUCCUGUUUGUGGCCUGUAUUGUUUACAUGCGUACUGAUAUGUCAAUAUCCAAGAGCUCUCCUUCCUACUUGGCCAAGCUGCAAUGGGAUGAGGUGCAAGCCACUGUUCAGAAAAUCCAGGGCAUCUUUGAGCAAUGCUUAGCAGUUCAUGAUAAACUGGAGGCCUCGUUGCGUGAUUUGUCUAGGACAGGAGACAUUCAGUCUUGCAAGGCAGCUCGUAAAGCUGCUGACGCACAGUUUAAGGAGCUAUCGAAAGAUCUGAAGCCGCUGUUGACGAUUCUACAGUCAUCUCCCCAGUCUUAUCAGAUAUGGCCAAAGGUGGAGGACUUGAUUGCAAAGGAGAGAGAGAUGCAGGAGAAGCUCAUGACAAGGCAUUCCACCGUUGUCGAUAGCUUUGAGAAGAAGCUGCGUGGGCAAGAUGUAGAGAACAGGAUUGCUUUGCAGCAGCAGAAAAUUGCCGCCCUGAGGCAGGAGGUUGAAUCUCUUUUAGAGUAUAUUAGUGAGAUUUGA